CCCUUCCACGAGCAUGUCCACCCGGGAAAGCGUACAGAUCCCAGACGAUCGGGAUUUUAAUAAUUUCCGGACCGAAUGCAACUCGGACGCAGGCUGGAGUCAAACUUAUAACAAAUCGGGACUCGUUGUGUGGAUUCAGGUCUUGGAGGUGGAGAGAUCCCUGCAUAAAAUCAAGUGCAGGAUGGAGUGCAAGGACAUCGCCGCGGACACGCUGUACGACGUGCUGCACGACAUCGAGUACCGGAAAAAGUGGGACACGAACGUCAUCGAGACCUUCGACAUUGGGAAGCUGACCGUCAACUCGGACGUGGGCUACUACGCCUGGAAGUGCCCCAAGCCCCUGAAGAACAGAGACGUCAUCACCCUGCGCUCCUGGCUGCCCACGGGAGCUGAUUACAUCAUCAUGAACUACUCGGUCAAACACCCCAAAUACCCUCCAAGGAAAGACCUGGUGAGAGCGGUGUCCAUCCAGACAGGCUACUUGAUCCAGGGGAGAGGAGCCAAGAGCUGCUCCAUCACCUACCUUGCCCAGGUUGACCCCAAAGGUUCUUUGCCUAAGUGGGUGGUGAACAAAUCGUCUCAGUUUCUGGCUCCAAAGGCCAUGAAGAAGAUGUACAAAGCCUGCCUCAAGUACCCCGACUGGAAGCAGAAGCACAACCCUCACUUCAAGCCCUGGCUGUUCCCCGAGCAGAGCACCCUCCCCACCGUGGCGCUCUCGGAGCUCUCCAUCCAGCAUGCCGAUUCGCUAGAGAACAUCGACGAGAGCAGCCUGUCCGAGACCAAAGACGACCGGGGCGAGGGCAGCGACGAGGACAGCAUCAACUGAGCCGCCCUCGCUUCCUUCCCCAGCCCCUUGCCCCUCCGCACCUGCCCAACCGGGUUCAUUUUGUCUGUGUAUCCAGUGCAGAACGUGUAACACACUCCCCGGCCCCAUCACUCCCCACCCUGGCUAACGGGGCUGCUGUUAGUCAGGGCAUUUCUCAAGCAGGCUGGGGAUGGGAGAGGGACUUGUCCUGCCCUUGAUGCCAGAAAUCUGGAUUUCCCCAAGGCUUAGCCCUGCUUGUGCUUUAGGCCUGGACCCUUAAAGGUAUAACUCCCACUGGGCAUUAGGCGUCGAAAUACCUUUCAGGGUCCAGGCCUCUGUGCUUGGCAGUGGGAACACCAGCUCUCUAGCACUGAGCAGGAUUGAUGCCCCAUAGCUUGAGGGGAAACUUGUCUCUCUCCUGGCUGAGGAAAUCAAGGUGUGGGGGGAAUCCGUGGGACUGCAGAACCGUCCCCGUGGGCCGAUGGGCCAAGCCACGUUCAAAAUCAAACUUGCGGGGCCUUCUGGGAGCGUGAGCCACCUUCCCUGGUCUGCCCGGCAGCGGGGGCUGGGCACUGCCUUCUCAGAGGGCAGGGGACCAUCAAUGUGCACCAGCGCGGUCAGCGUUGAGGGAGAGUCCCUGCCUGCAGGGAGCAGGGAAUGGAGCCCGUGAGGGGUGUGUGUCAGGCAUGGUUCUCCCAAGGGAGGAGGGCUUGGGAAACCUCUGCCCUUUGGUGAAGGACAUGACUGAAGCAGGAUUGGCGCUCCCGGAAAGCCGCAUGCUCCCCAUGUCGUUAAAUGGCUGUCUCUGUUUUCUUUGUUCUCCUGUAAGAGUUAGAACUGCCUUUUUCUGAUUGGGACCAGUUUAAGGGACCGAUCUCCCUAGGGGGGGUCCCCAGCUGCUUUGGGACUCUCCGGAGAGGGUGGGACCCCUAGGAGUCCUGGGCUCUCCUGUGAGAGGGGACCCAGAGGUCUUGACAUCUGAAUAUUUUCUCUGCGCUAGAAUUAGAGGCCUUGAAUCUGGAUUUUGAAGCCGGUUCCUUGAAAACACUCCCUGAAAAUCCCGUGUUCUGUUUCAUGAGGGAAAAGGAGAUUUUGUACCUUGUCCUGGAGCAGUUUAUUUAGGAAUAAAACGAAUAAAUCAGGCAAGCCGGA